CCAUCUCCUGCACCGUCAGAGGUCACAUCCAGUCAGACCACCUUAUUCAAAUCCACAGAGGUCAAUGAAACAGGUAUAUAAAUACCGUUAGAUUAAUGAAGUUGCAUUGUAUUGUUGAAGUGGCUACGAAUUUCAUCUAGCAAGAGCCUAAAGAACACUCACUAUGAGGACACAGACGAUUGUGAUCAUGGCGGUAGUGCUAGUAUUUGCCUGCCUGUGGCAAAUGGGUGACGCCCAGCCAACCGCAGCUGCCCCUACCUCUAAAGCCCCUGCUCCACCUGCUGCUGUUGCUGCUGAUGCCGCAGCUGGCGAUGAUGAAGGCGAUGACGAUGAUGGCGGUGAUGAUGAUGACGGCGGUGAUGAUGAUGACGGCGAUGAUGAUGAUGAGUAGUGAUCCAAUUCAAUGGUCAUCAUUCCUAAAUAACAUGGCGACACAGGUUUCAAGUAUAUUGGCUUCCCAUUAACACAACACCGUGGUUCUACUUAAUCUGAAGGACAUGAGUGAAUACGAUAAAGCGUACCUCAGCUCUUAUUUGUGAAACAGCACAUAUCGUGCCAAUUGUCACUGUUUACAAAGACAUGUUUCGAUAUGUUUAGAAUUCUAUCCUCCCAUACGCUGUCUAUACAUUGUUGUCUUCAUAUGGAAAUAAACACCUGACCGUCUUC